UGGCAUUCUGUCUCAUUUCAGAAUAACAAAGCCGAUGAAUUGUCUAGCCGAAUUCAGAAAAUGUUUGGCAAUUAUGAAGAGAUGAAAGAGCUCAUCGUCAACCAGUUCUAUCAGAAUUUCAUAGGGAUCCCUACAAGUGUCAUGCCUCUGUUCCCACCGUCUAAAGCCGAUCGCCCUCUCUUCUCUGAAAAGACUGGCGCCCCAUUCCAGAACCACAGCCACCACCGCAAACACGGGGGAGCUCAUAGCUCGGAGGUGCCGUCUGGAGGCAGCUCCCACCCAAAAAUUCACUCCAGGGUGGAGCCAGCCUCACAAAGCGCCGGAUUGCCUAGCCAUCAGAAGCCAGGUCCCGCAAAGAGCUGCAAGACUGAAGGACUUCAAAGCGGUAGAUGUCAGCCAAAAAGUAAAAAGUCCACUGAAAAAGCUACUGCACCUGAGACACGACCCUCACUUAUGGAACUUUCUCCCUUAUUGUCUGCGUUGUCUUCCACUGUACCACCUCUGUCCCCUCUACAUUCCGGCCAGUGUGUCAGUUCCAGAUCCCACAGCAGUAAGAUCGAAAAGCGUGGGCAAAGUAGCUCCCCGUCUCAGGAGCUCCCGACCAGCAUACGCGGUAAUGAAAACGAGGACACUUCGACCGCUACUGUAGCUGUCAAUGCUCAGCUUUCCAACCAGACAUUUCCCUCAUCCUUAUCAAAAACCAGUGCAAUACAACAGAAACCCACUGCCUACGUUAGACCAAUGGAUGGCCAAGACCAGGCGCCAGACGAGUCCCCCGAACUCAAGCCACUGCCGGAGGAAUACCAGGAACAGUCCUAUGGGAAAAUAACAAAUUUAAAAACCAACGUCAAGACCAACUUGCCCAAAUUGAAAAUACCUGCGGAACCAAUUGAGCAGUCUUACUCCAAUGAAGCCCAUUGUGUUGAAGAAAUUUUGAAGGAAAUGACCCAUUCAUGGCCACCUCCUUUGACAGCAAUCCAUACUCCUAGCACAGCUGAGCCAUCAAAGUUUCCAUUUCCUGUAAAGGAAACUCAGCAGCCUGGAUCAGUAAUUCAGAAACAGUGUGAUGCGCCUUUGAAGACUUUGUCUGUUUCUCAGCAACGGACGUCUUUGGUUUGCAGUGCCCCACAAUCGCAGCCUGAGAGUGUGGCCGUGGCUCCUUCCAGCAGUGCAGAAUCCGAAAGCACAAGUGACUCGGACAGUUCCUCCGAUUCUGAAUCCGAAAGCAGCUCUAGUGACAGCGAAGGAACAGAUCCGCCAACAAGAGUCUCGACACCUGAGCCUGAUCCACAAACCUCCAACAGAUGUUGGCAGCUGAACAACUGGCUGAUCAAAGUCAACCAGCCAGUAUCUCCCACAGAGAGUUUCCUGGAAGAUGACCAUAGCAGAAGCAGCGUCCAGGAGAGCAAAGGACAAGGAAAAACGGCCAGCUCUAGCAGUGGCAAUGGAGGCAAGAGGGAAUGUCCGAUGACAGACGGUCACUCCAAAAGCGGCAGCAGAGUUUCCCGGUCAAAUCAAGAUGUCCAUCUCCCUACCAAACGCAGUUACCAAAAGUCGCCUGUGGUCGCAGAAGAGUCUCUCCACCAGACGGUGGGCAGCAAGCAACCGAGGAGAUCCAACAAGGCGACCGUACAGGAGGAACCAAAGAGAGGCCUAACAGUUGAAAGUGAGCCCCCCGGACUGUACGGGGCCAAAGACCAGUCUUCCAAAGACAAGCCGAAGGUGAAAACGAAAGGGAGGCCGAAAUCUGAUGACAAGAAGGAAUCGAAACCAACUGUCCCGGAAACCACUGAGAAGAAAAAACACAAAACCCUUAAAACCUUAUUUGCUCACGAUGAGGCAAAAGUAGAGGUGGCGGGAAGUGUCCUGGAACCGUUGCCGCUCAGUCCUCUCGGUGAAAGCCCGAGGGGGGUUGCCACCAGUAGAACUAACGCCUCCAAGGUAUCGGUUACUGUCAAGGAGGAACUUCAAAGGGACAAAUAUAUUUUGCCUAUCAGGGAUAAGAAGUUGCUGUCGCCCUUGAGGGAUUGCCCCGCCCUGCCGGGCCUUGUGGUUAAAAUUGAGCUGGCUCUCCUCUCGCGGAUCCCUCAGCCACCCGAGAAGGGGCUCUUCCCUAAAAAACACGAACUGAAAGACAGCCAUGGUAUGACAAAGCAGGGUAUCGACAAAAGAAGCACAGAGGCGCCAAGCAAAACUCUCAAAAAGAGAAAGCAGGAAGAUGCACUGAGAAAUGAUCAGAAGAAGAUCAAGCUGGAGAGAGAAACCAAAUCUUCCUCAUCUUUAGGCCAUAAAGAUUCCAGUAAAACUAAGAUGUCCAAGCUCUCGGCAACAGAGACGCAAAGGAGAGAGAUGCCACUGCCGAUGCCACCACCACUGUCUCCCAUGCAGCCUGCUCAGAAGCCGCCUAAGACAGCUCAAAAGAGGCCAAAGACUGAAAACGAUGCCUGCUAUCAAGUUCCCGGUCCCACGGUCAGCACUGCCAAGAGCAAAGAGAGCCACAAGGAAUCUUCAUCCUCCAAGCACAGGAAAUUGGAGGGAAAACCUUUGGAAAACUCCAAAAGUGACAAAGGCUCUGCAGAUGAUGUCCCGAACCCUUUCCCAGUGCCUUCUUUGCCAAACGGUACCUCCAAGCCAAUGAAGCCUCAAAGCAAGCCUCACCGACAACAUCCAGUAGAAUUUCACUUAAAGGAAGCCAAAAGAUUGAAGCACAAAGCUGAUGCAAUGACAGACAAAGUUGGAAAGGCCUUCAAAUACUUGGAUGCUGCCCUAUCCUUCAUUGAGUGUGGCAUUGCAAUGGAAUCAGACCCGCUCUCACCAAAGCCAGCCUACACCAUGUUUGCAGAAACCAUAGACCUCAUUAAAUUCAUAAUGACAUUAAAAUCUUUUGCGGACUCUUCAACAACCACACAAGAAAAAAUCUUCAUUGUGUUUUGCAUGCGCUGCCAAGCCAUUCUCUACAUGGCAAUGUUUCGCUACAAGAAGGACACAGCAAUAAAGUAUUCCCGGACUCUUAAUGAACAUUUCAAGAGUUCUUCUAGAAUUGCCCAAGCACCUUCUCCAUGCGUCGGAAGGGGCAUUGGCACCCCUUCUCCACUCUCCCCGAUCCCUUCUCCGGCUGGCUCAGUCAGCUCCCAGACGGGUUCCAGUGCCAGCAGCUGUGGAAGUAGCAGUCUCGGCUCCUCAGUCAGCGUCCCUCAUUAUAUCCCAACCAUCACCUCCUCCUUCGUUAACAUCACUUCUUAUAUUCUGUACGCCUACGACUUCUGGGAACAAGCUGAUCUUCUGGCUAGGAAAAAUAAGAAAUUUUUUUCCAAGCUCAACGCUGCCGCCUGCUUUCUCUCGCUGAACAGCAGUAUGAUCGAACUUGUACACUACACCCGUCAUGGAUUGCAAUGGCUGAGACUGGAAUCGAACAUGCCUUAAUGGGUGACUCAAGGUGAAGAUUUUUGCCUUGGAUUCUUUUGCACUUUGAAAGCCUCCGAAACGUAGCCUUGAAUGGGGCUGACUGGUUGGAUUUGAAAAAAAGAGAAGAAGGAGAAAAAGAAAAAAAAAGCACAUGGAACAAGUUUGGAAUUAAGCAUGAUUGAAGGGAUCUGGCACCACUGGAAAACUUUUAUUAGAGAUUGCAUUCCUACUAUGCCAAUGGGCCACUGAGAAGAUAAAGAGAGUGAAGAAGAGGCCUCAAAGUAGAAGAAGAUGCCUUUCUUUCAAAGGACAAAGUGCAAUUGUCUCCUUUCUCUACCCCUGCCCCCCCACUUCCCUUCCCUCCCUCCCCAUUCCCAUCAUGGUUUCUUUGUCUCAAUGGUCUAUAAACAUUUCUCAUAAUGAAUAACCAGCAAGAUAAUCGAUCAGUCAGCACACACGAAGAAGCACCGUCGAAAUCCAUUUCCCAAAGAAUUUUCUACAGCAUCUAAGGAUGCGCUGAUAUCCAGAGGGUCUAGUGCGUAAUGAUGAAUUUUAUUAUUUUAUUUUUAAGUAUAAAUAACCAACUCAUCUCAGUUCUGGCAGGUGGAAGGAAGCAAUUCUUCAGCCAUAAAUUGAAUUUUCUGUUCACACUAAAAAAGCCGUCUUCCUGCCCCUCUCGCUUCUCCAUGUGCUACGAGUGGCCAAUUGUUGCACUAUUUCUUCUGUUCUCCUGACCUAUAGCAGGCCUAUCCCAUGGGUUUUUCUUCUUCCUAGUUUGCUUUUCUUAUUUUCUUUCUUUCUUUCUUUCUUUCUUUCUUUCUUUCUUUCUUUCUUUCUUUCUUUCUUUCUUCUUUUUCUUCUCUUUGUAGGAGCAGUUGUAGCAGUUUUCAGCUAUCCUGGGUGGUAGUUCAUGAUUCUGCACUUGGCACGUUGACAAUCUCGCGAGGCGGCCUACCGUGUCGGAUUCACGUUUGAGCAAAACACCCAGUAGAUGCGAUGUUGAUUCCUAACGCCCCUCUCUAAAUUAGGGAUAUGGUUUCCGGUUCAUCCCUGGAGUAGCUGUGAUAAAAAUACCUUACUAAGGGGAAUGGGUGUUGCCAUCACUGCUGUUAAAGAUGCUACUCCAUUAGAUCUGAGUAGCUCCACGCAGAGAGUAGCAAGCCAAGGAGGGGGGGAAUUCCCUAGCACCAAAUAAAAGGAGUGGCAUUUGAAGAGGCCUCUUAUACUUUUGUAAAAUGUGUUGGGAGAUAUUUAAAAGAUCUUUGAGAGGGGAGGAACUUUGAAGGGUGCCCUUUUCAGUUCACCUUCCCUAACAUGGUAGGUUCAGAUAGUGCCUUGGUUGCUACACAAUUUUUCAUUCGUGCUGGCUAGGACACUGAUUGGCUCCUUUUCCUUAUGAUCCUUUUCCUUUUCAGAGGAUUCUCUUUCCUCCGUUGUAAGAUACUUUGCUUCCGUCUCCCUGGAAAACCCUUGAUUCUUCAAUGCAAGUACGGAUAGUUCUCUCUGGUCCACAGACAUCUCUCUGCUUCUUUUAUUAAUUUAUAAAAAUCACCGUGAAUGAGCCUGCUUUUAUUUGUUUCCCAUAACCUGUCGAGCAUAAGAAACACAAGGAUUCUGGUUUCAUCUAAAAUAUGUAUUUUACCCCCUCUUUUCAGCCGUGCUUUUAAUUCUCCCAUUUGCAUCUGCUAUCGCUUGAGUUAAGCAGGCCACUCGGAGAGCGAAUAUCUUCCAGAUAAAUGAUUCUUAAGUGCGAUUAUUAUUAUUAUUUUCUUCUGGGCUGAUUCUCAGAGUCAAAAAGUUGUAUAUUUGCUGUAAAGGCAGACAAUGAUUUUUUUCUGGAGUUAAUGUAGAGCAUUUCUUAUUUUUACCAUAGAUUUAUUUCCUUACCAACACUAGUAAUAAACCUCAUGGUUCCACCUUUUGAAGAUAGACUCAUUGUAGAGAAUCUUACUGAUUCUUUCAGGGCAGAUUUGAUUUGGGGAUAAUGCAGUCCCCACAAGGGGGAGGGGAUUAAAAAAACAAGGGAACAUAAAGAUUUCCAGAAAUACCCUACUUUUACUUAGAGAAACAUCCCCCCCCCUUUCCAAGUGUUUAAAUCCAAGUUAUUUAAUUUUGAAGAAGACGAGGUGGAGACCUUGAAACCUUCCGAAUCGGUGCAAGAUGCAUUGAUGGGUAAUAGGAAUCUUGCAUUGCCUGCAUUUUCAAAUUGCAACUGUAGAAAGAUGGGGAAGAGCAACAUCCUGAUUGCUGUUGGGCGGAGAGCAGAAGUUGUAGGCCCUGCCCACUUUCCCAAUGCUUCCUGUACUGCAGUCAUCAGCCACCUUUUGGGGGUACCUAAUACUCCGAUUCCUGAUCUGCCGAGACCUCCUGUCAGUAAGAUGUUGCUUGAGGUUACUGACAGAUUGGCUGAGAAUUUGGAGAUUGUGUCAGGUUUUGGGGGAAUUCUGGGGCACCUCCCAGUCCAACAUAUUAGUCUCCGUGAGCACUACAUUCUAUUUAUACAGGGACAUCACAGGUUCUCGAUCGGAAAUAUUUGAACUCCCAACAUUGCUGCAGUGAUAUCUCAGGAAAUGGGGGGGGGUGUUGUUGGGACGGGACGCGCGUCAAAAGAUGAGGUUUUAAAAGCAACUGGAUCAGUACCUGCUUUUCCCCAGGGAAGGAUUUGGUCUGAGUAUGGGAAAGUGGGCUGCUUGUACUGGCUGUCUUAUCACACUAAACGGAUACGAAAACUCUUAGCAUGGAUGGGAAACGGAGGAGUGUUCCUACCUGUGUUUUGUCUCCCUAUUUGCAAACCGCAUAACCCUCCCUUUUCCCCAUCAGUCUUUGUAGACUCAGGAUCAAAAUUUCCCGCUAGCUCCUUCUCUCUCUCUCUCUCUUUCUUUCUCCCUCUCUCUCCCGAAUAACCCCGGAACCAGCUUUGCUGCUGUUUUUGCUUUCGGAUCUAUAUUCUGAUAUAAAGAAUCCUCAGUUGUUAAGGGGCCCCAUUUCAGCCCACUCUCUUUGAGCACUUUAUUCCAAAAGUACGUUCAAUCCCAGAAUCUCCCAGGUGAGAUUCAGAUGACUAAUCUCUCUUGUGAAAAAAGAAACGAAAAGACUGCGGUGCAUUUGUGCGACUGGUUUUAUAUGUUCAUAAAAUGGUAGCGGGGGAAAAAAAAAAAGCAAUAGAGGUUUCAUUUCAUGAAAAUAAAAUAAAAAGUUUGGUUUGGUUCAGAAAAGGCUGUGUAGAACCUCUUCCGGAAUCAAAGGGGAGGAAAAGCUUCUCAGUUUUCCAGAGAAGUAAUUCUCCAAUUUGAAAAGCUUUUGUGUUCUGUGAUUCCCCCCCCCCCCAAACCCCUUGUUUGUUUUAAUUUACACGGAAUUGCAGAGAAAAAGUCCAUUUGUGGGGAUCAGGUUUAAGAUCCUUAUGGUUUUAAUUUUUUUUUCUCUCUCUCAAAAGACCAAUUUAAUGAAUGAGCAGACUCCCAUUUCAUCCCUACUCUAAAUUCUGUUUCCCAGUUCUACAUGGAUGUUUCAUGAAUUUUACCCAGAGUCAAGCUUUCAGUUCUCCAUCCAAGGAGCAGGAAAUAAAUGUUUUUCCCAUUUUUAAACACAGGUCUAUGAAGCUGCAGGCUGAAAGCAGCUCUCUUCCCAGAUAUUUAUUUAGAAUUAUAAUUAAUGUAUUUAAAAUUGUUCUUAUAUAUCUAAGAUAACCAUAAUUUAAUAAUUUGCAAGUUCCAUUGACACUGGAGAUGCGGACUGAACAUUAUUAGGUUGAUGACAAUUUUAUUUUUAAAGGGCAAUUUCUCUUCUUAACUAUCCUUUUUUUAAAAAUAAAGAAACCAUGGGAACAGAGUGGAAAAAAAAAUCUGUACAUUUAAAUUUAUUAUGGGAUGUUGUGUCUCCAUCUUGUAAAUAUUUUCUGCCCUGUAUAUUGGUGGUAUUUCCAGAUUGAUUUGUUUAAAUUCUGUGGGGUAAUAAAUAAAUAUUAAAUGAAGCAGCA